AAAAUAAAAUUCCAAAGGCUAGGCAUGGUGACUCACACCUGUAAUCCCAGUGCUUUGGGAGGCCAAGGCAGGUGGAUCACUUGAGCCCAGGAGUUAGAGACCAGCCUAGGCAACAUAGCAAGACCCCCAUCUCUACAAAAAAAUUUUUUUAAUUAGCUGGGCAUUUUGGCACAUGCCUGUAAUCUCAACUACUCAGAAGGCUGAGGCAGGAGGAUCGCUUGAGCCCAGGAGAUUGAGGCUGCAGUGAGCUAUGAUCUGCCACUGCAUGCCAGCCUGGACAAUAGAGUGAGACCUUAUCUCUUAAAAAAUAAAAUAAAACAAAAUCCAAAAUGCAUUAAGACUUGCGUGCAUGGUCAAUUGCACCCUUGUUUCAGUAGCAUAUUUGGGACUAUCCAUCCCCAGGAUGGAAUACUGCAAUGCCUUUUAAAAUAACGAGGUUGCAGCUGGGCGCAGUAGCUCACGCCUGUAAUCCCAGCACUUUGGGAGGCCGAGGAGGGUGGAUCACGAGGUCAGGAGAUCAAGACCAUCAUGGCUAACACCGUGAAACCCCCGCCUCUACUAAAAAUACAAAAAUUAGCUGGGCAUGGUGGCGGGCGCCUGUAGUCUCAGCUACUCAGGAGGCUGAGGCAGGAGAAUGGCAUGAACCCGGAAGGUGGAGCUUGCAGUGAGCCGAUAUCACGCCACUGCACUCCAGCCUGGGCAACAGAGCAAGACUAUGUCUCAAAAAAAAAAAAAAAAAGAGGUUGCUCCACAUGUGAAGCUGUGGAAAAAAUUCUCAGGCAAAAUUUUACAUGAAAACCAAAGAACAGAGCAGUAUGUGUAAUAUGUUCCUAUAAUGUAAAGAAAAAUGAUGCACAUAUGUGUGUAUAUGGAUUGGUAUUUUUCUGAAAAGUAUACAAUAAGAAGUGGGCAGCUCAGAAUCUGGGGUAAUAAGAGACUUAUUGUUGGAUUUUUUUUCAAUUCUGUGAAUUUAUCAUUUUCAUAGUAAUGAAGCCUAAAGAAAAAAUACCUUAACAUAUACCACGAUCAGAAUCUCCCUCCCAUGGUACCCUACAAAUUCAAAUUUUUUUGUCUGUUUGUUUUAGAGACAGAGCCUCACUCUGUCACCCAGGCUGCAGUGUAAUGACAUGACCACGACUCAUUGCAGCCUCAAACUCCUGGGCUCAAGCAAUCCUCCCGCUUCGGCCUCCAGAGUAGCUGGGACUACAGGCACAUGCCACCAUGCCUGGCUAAUUUUUUUAAUUAUUUUUUAUAGCAAUAGUGUCUUGCUAUGUUACCCAGGCUGCUCUCCAACUCCUAGCUUCAAGGAAUCCUCCUACCUGGGCCUCCCAAAGCACUGGAAUUACAGAUGUCAACAGGCGUGCUCACCAUGCCUUUCACCAUGCUUCCUGUGCUAAGUGCCCCCCAAAUGCUUCCUGUGUCAAUAACACUCACUGCACCUGCAACCAUGGAUAUACUUCUGGAUCUGGGCAGAAACUAUUCACAUUCCCCUUGGAGACAUGUAACGAUAUUAAUGAAUGUAAACCACCCCAUAGUAUAUAUUGUGGAUUAAACGCUGCGUGUCACAAUGUCGAAGGAAGUUUCUACUGUCGCUGUGUCCCAGGAUAUAGACUCCGUUCUCGGAAUGAACAAUUCAAUAAUUCCAAUGAGAACACCUGUCAGGCUGCAAAAGAUUGUGGACGAAUUUGAGUCACUUCUCACCAAUCAGACUUUAUGGAGAACAGAAGGGAGACAAGAAAUCUCAUCCACAGCUACCACUAUUCUCUGGGAUGUGGAAUCGAAAGUUCUAGAAACUGCCUUGAAAGCUCCAGAACAAAAAGUCCUGAAAAUCCAAAACGAUAGUGUAGCUAUUGAAACUCGAGUGAUUACAGACAAUUGCUCUGAAGAAAGAAGGACAUUCAACUUGAAUGUCCAAAUGAACUCAAUGGACAUCGGUUGCAAUGAUAUCAUCCAGGGAGACACACAAGGUCCCAGUGCCGUUGCCUUUAUCUCUUAUUCUUCUCUUGGAAACAUCAUAAAUGCAACUUUUUUUGAAGAAAUGGAUAAGAAAGAUCAAGUGUAUCUGAACUCUCAGGUUGUGAGUGCUGCUAUUGGACCCAAAAGGAACGUGUCUCUCUCCAAGUCUGUGACGCUGACUUUCCAGCACGUGAAGAUGAACCUCAGUACCAAAAAGGUCUUCUGUGUCUACUGGAAGAGCACAGGGCAGGGCAGCCAGUGGUCCAGGGAUGGCUGCUUCCUGAUACACGUGAACAAGAGUCACACCAUGUGUAAUUGCAGUCACCUGUCCAGCUUCGCUGUCCUGAUGGCCCUGACCAGCCAGGAGGAGGAUCCCGUGCUGACUAUCAUCACCUACGUGGGGCUGAGCGUCUCUCUGCUGUGCCUCCUCCUGGCGGCCCUCACCUUCCUCCUGUGCAAAGCCAUCCAGAACACCAGCACCUCACUGCAUCUGCAGCUCUCACUCUGCCUCUUCCUGGGCCACCUCCUCUUCCUUGUGGGAAUUGAUCGAACUGAACCCAAGGUGCUGUGCUCCAUCAUCGCCGGUGCCCUGCACUAUCUCUACCUGGCCGCCUUCAUCUGGAUGCUGCUGGAGGGCGGGCACCUCUUCCUCACUGCACGGAACCUGAUGGUGGUCAACUACUCAAGCAUCAACAGACUCAUGAAAUGGAUCAUGUUCCCAGUCGGCUAUGGCGUUCCCGCUGUGACUGUGGCCAUUUCUGCAGCCUCCUGGCCUCACCUUUAUGGAACUGCUGAUCGAUGCUGGCUCCACCUGGACCAGGGAUUCAUCUGGAGUUUCCUUGGCCCAGUCUGUGCCAUUUUCUCUGUGAAUUUAGUAUUGUUUAUCUCGGUCUUUUGGAUUUUGAAAAGAAAACUUUCCUCCCUCAAUAGUGAAGUGUCAACCAUCCAGAACACAAGGAUGCUGGCUUUCAAAGCAACAGCUCAGCUCUUCAUCCUGGGCUGCACAUGGUGUCUGGGCUUGCUACAGGUGGGUCCAGCUGCCCAGGUCAUGGCUUACCUCUUCACCAUCAUCAACAGCCUCCAAGGCUUCUUCAUCUUCUUAGUCUACUGCCUCCUCAGCCAGCAGGUCCAGAAACAAUAUCGAAAGUGGUUUAGAGAGAUCGUAAAAUCAAAAUCUGAGUCUGAGACAUACACACUUUCCAGCAAGAUGGGUCCUGACUCAAAACCCAGUGAGGGGGAUGUAUUUCCAGGACAAGCGAAGAGAAAAUAUUAAAACUAGAAUAUUCAACUCUAUAUGGAAAAUCAUAUCCAUGGAUCUCUUUGGCAUUAUGAAGAAUGAAGCUAAGGACAAGGGAAUUCAUUAAACGUAUCAUCCUUGGAGAGGAAGUAAUCAACCUUUACUUCCCAAACUGUUUGUUCUCCAUAAUAGGCUCUCAACAAAUGUGUGGUAAAUUGCAUUUCUCUUCA